AUGACCCAGCUUCGUCAGCUGCAGGUGGGCUUCAUUCACUCACGUGAUUUCCCGCCUAGAACAGGUGUAUAGCUCUCUUCCAAGUCCCCGGCAAUUUUGUUUUAAAGUCUUCCGACCGCUGGCGCACGCGUGCAAUUCAGUUUCAACACCUUCGUCCUCUCGUCAGCUUCAUCCCUCUCGCAAGGCUCCGCACAAUUCCUAUCCAUUCAAACAAAAUCACAGAAAAUGAUGAAGCCAUCCAAGCAUUUCCUUAUCGCCCUGGUGGUAGCAGCAUACCUGUUACUGAUCCAGCAGGUCGAUGGUGCUGAUUUGCGGGAGUUAAAAGUGCAAUGCUCGCGCUCUGGUCUGACGGUGCAUGUCAAAUUUGACAGUCCUUUCUACGGUAUCGUCUACUCCCAGAACUACUACCAGGUGCCUCAAUGUACCUAUGUGACGUCCGACAACAGCCAGGGCCGCACCUCCUUCAGUUUUAACGUGCCACAAAAAGGCUGCGGAACCGUCAGCACUCAAUCGGGUUACAAGAAAUCCAACAACGUCAACACGUUCCAGCGCUCGUUGGACGUGCGCAGUGUGUCGCCAGCCGUAGCCACGCAACAGGAAAACGAAGAGAUCUCUUUAGAAAACACGAUUGUCAUCCAACACGAUCCGGAUUUCCAAGAAGCCGGUGACACGGCUCGUCGUCUUCGUUGCGUUUGGGGCGUCCACUCGCUCCAGAAAUCCGUCAACGCCAAAAUGCCCGAAGUCUAUCAACCGUCGACGAUUACGGUAAAGUAUGAUUACCGGACCGUAAACCAACUGGUGGAAGUCCAGUCUGAUCGUCGUGGACCGCUUAGUUUGCCGGCCAGAGGUUUCAUCAGCAGUUCGCCUGCACAUUCAUCGCUUGUCAUUUAUCUGAAAAAUUCGGGUCAGCGAUUCGAUGCCAAUGUCCUAGCGUGUACUUAUUCCGAUGGCCAAAAGGGUGAAACUGUCCAGCUGACGGAUGAAGAGGGAUGUUCACUUCGUCCUGACUUGACGACCGUCUUUUACAAACUGAAGGAGACAACCAAUCCCAACACUGAUUUGACUCUCUACACUUAUUUCAGGGGAUUGAAAGCUCUUCGUGAAAGUUAUUUCAGCAUCAGCUGCAAUGUCGAGAUCUGUUUCCCCAGAUGCAGCGAACGUUGCCGCAACCGUCUUGCCUAAUCGUAUUUUGUUUCCAAAUUUUGUUUCGAUUAACGCGUGAAUGCUGUGCGUGAACGGUUGCUGCUUGUGUUUCGUCAUCAUUUGAAGCUUAGUAAUAUAUAGAAAGCUCAUUUUCGAUGAAUGACAGCAUCGAGUACAACACAUGUAGUCUGUUUUUUAAAGAAAAUUUUAAAGCUGGACUUGAUUCUCUUAAAAAUUGUGGCAUACUAGAACAUUAACUUAAUAUACAAAUUUUCUCACAUUUUUGUUUUUAAUUGUUAAGCUUUUGUCAAACUGAUUGCUUUUUAGUUUCAAAUGUUUUUGUUUUCAUUCCCCCCACCGAGUUUGACAUCGUUUUAGCAUAUCUAUCGGGCCUUGCUUACAUUAACAUGUAUCGAAAACUUGAAUCGAAAAAUACACUACCCAUGUUUUCAAAAACAUAAA